UAAGUGAGGAGAGGGGUGCGAUAAUUACACCGCACUCCAUCCAUACCGCAGCUGGCUGACAGGCACGUUGCUCGUAGUAGCAACAUGUCGGAUAUGACGGAUAAGAAGUUAUCGAAAAAAAAAAAAAAAAAAAUAUCGAAGAAGUGAAUAAAGUGUGUAAUUUCAAACAAGAUUGUCUGCGACGAACAAUCCGACAUAACCUAACCCUAACCUCUUCGAGCGAGACAUGUUUUCUCUUGUUAUUGUUGUUGCAUCAGCCGUGUCGGUUGGAUGUGCGUAGUUACGCUGUGGAUAUUUUUGGACAUUUUCGGUGUUUUACACCGUUCUCUAGGUUGUUAGAAAUAAGAGUAAAAGGAGAAGAAGUGAAUGUGCCCGCAAAAAUCGGCUAACGGUUAUGGGCACGUUAAAAUAAUGACAUAAAAAAACAAAAAAGACAUGUUUUCUCGGUUCGUCGCGUUACACUCUCUCUCUCUGCGACGUGGUUCGCAUUGGCCCGCGGUUUUUCGCAGAUAGCGAUAUCUCGUAGAGAAAUCUAGGCGUUAUGUGGGUAAAGUCUAAUUGCGAUAAUCGUGCGGCGAUCAUGCUCGGUACAUUGACCAAAGUACCACGCGGUGUCAUCCGCGCGCAACCGGUCUGGUGUGAACAACAUGUCUGGAGACACGAGACAAAGUUACGUCAGACAGACCUACGUUGGUUCUUCAUGAGUGAGGAGAAAAAAGACGCCUCAAAGCUGAGCAGAAGGCCAAAGAUAAAGCACUGAAGGAAAAGGCCAAAAAAGAGGAAGCAUCUCAGGUCGAAACAACGUUCUCGAGAAAGAACGUAGUCAAAGAUGAAGAUAUUAGAUCCAAAUGAAUAUUUUAAGAUCCGGUCUAAUUUUGUCAAUCAUCUUAGAUCUAUCGAUGUUAAUCCUUAUCCCCAUAAAUUCCGUGUAACAAUUUCUCUCCGAAACUUCAUCGACAAGUAUAUCGAUGUUGUGACUGACGGUGAAGUACUCGAAGAGGAAUGCAAUAUCGCUGGACGUGUCCAUUUUAUUCGAUCAUCUGGCACCAAAUUGAUCUCUUACGAUCUUCGUGGGGAAGGUGUUAAGAUACAAGUACUAGCCAAUGCAAAGUUUUAUCAAGACGAGAACGCAUUUGCGGAGGACACUGCAAAGAUUAAGAGGGGCGACAUUAUAGGUGUUUUAGGCCGUCCCGCAAAGAGCAAGAAGGGCGAAUUCUCAAUUAUACCAAAAAGUAUUGUCCUGCUGAGUCCAUGUUUGCACAUGUUACCUCAUCUCUCUUAUGGCUUAAAAGAAAAAGAAACAAGAUUCAGACAGCGAUAUUUGGAUCUCAUAUUGAACGACAGGGUUCGACAAAUUUUCUACUUGCGUGCGAGGAUAAUCUCUUACGUGCGAAGAUUUCUAGAUGAAAUGGGUUUUUUGGAGGUCGAAACUCCCAUGAUGAACAUUAUACCCGGAGGUGCAACCGCGAAACCUUUCAUCACGCAUCACAACGAACUCAACAUGGAUUUAUACAUGAGGAUCGCUCCGGAAUUAUAUCACAAGAUGUUGGUCGUUGGUGGGAUUGACAGAGUGUACGAAAUUGGUAGACAAUUCAGGAACGAGGGUAUCGACAUGACGCACAAUCCCGAGUUUACUACCUGUGAAUUUUAUAUGGCGUACGCGGACUAUAAUGAUUUAAUGAGCAUCACGGAAACUAUGAUGUCCGGCAUGGUAAUGUCCUUAUUCGGCACGUAUAAGAUAAAGUAUCAUCCCGACGGACCGGACGGUGAAGAGGUUGAGAUCGACUUUACUCCGCCCUUUAAGCGCAUAUCUAUGAUGAAAACUUUAGAGGAGAUUCUUAAAAUCAAGUUACCACAAGCUAACGAGCUCAACACGCCAGAGGCGAACAAAAUUCUCAGAGAUCUUUGUGCGCAACACGAAAUUGAAUGUUCUCCUCCGAAAACAUCAGCAAGGCUGUUAGACAAGCUUGUUGGAGAAUUUAUUGAGGAAAAGUGUAUUAAUCCCACUUAUAUCAUUGAUCAUCCGCAAGUAAUGUCACCAUUAGCAAAAUGGCAUCGUUCUGAAAAAGGACUUACAGAACGAUUCGAGUUAUUCGUCAUGAAAAAGGAAAUUUGUAACGCGUACACUGAAUUGAACGAUCCAGUGGUUCAGAGAGAAAGAUUCGAGCAACAGGCUAAGGAUAAAGCAGCCGGCGACGAAGAAGCCCAACAAGUCGACGAGAAUUUCUGCACCGCUUUGGAAUACGGUUUGCCGCCAACGGCUGGUUGGGGCAUGGGUAUCGAUCGAUUGACAAUGUUCCUCACUGAUACAAAUAAUAUUAAAGAAGUAUUGUUCUUCCCUUUGAUGAAGCCGGAUGAUCCAAAUAAGAACAAAGAAGAUGAUAAAACAAGCGAAAAUGGAGAAAAAUAGAACAGACAAUAAUU